CUGAAGUUCAAUGCCCAGCUGGCGCCGAAGGCUGGGAAGCCCGUUCCCUUGGCUGACCUCUUGAAACGGCUGAAGCAACUCCAUGCUGAGCUCACACCUAUGGAGCAAGAUGACUUCGACCGCUCCUCCUCCUCCAUCAAACGCGUCGUGACUGAACUCGCCUCCUCCAAUCUCAUUGGGCACAAGGAUAAGGGUGUACGGGCCUACACUGCAUGUUGUCUAGCAGACAUACUCAGAUUAUUCGCACCCGAUGCGCCGUAUACCCAGAAAGAACUACAGACCAUCUUCGAGUUCUUCGUGAAACAACUGAAGGGAUUGGAGAACCAAGAGUCGCCAUGGUGGGGUCAAUACGCUUAUCUGCUGGAUAACCUGAGCACCGUGAAGUCUGUCGUUUUGAUUACGGACCUGCCGAACGGUGAGGAUUUAAUGACGGACUUGUUCCGGUACUUCUUCGAUAUGGCGGCUACGAGUUCACCACCACGGCAAGUUGAGUUUCAUAUGACGGAUAUCCUGACACAGCUCAUUGACGAGUCGACAUCGAUUCCGACCGAGCUCAUAGAUAUCCUACUGGGUCAAUUCAUGCGACAAGUAUCCUCGAACGGCACUUCGGCUACCAGAGGUCAGACCACCCUCGAUAAGAACUUGGCUUCGGCUCCGGCGCUUGCGAUGGCCAAGUCUAUUCUCGCAGCAUGUGCCGACAGAUUACAACGCCAUAUUACUCAGUACUUUGCAGAAGUCAUCUACAAUACUUCAUCUACUGAGGGCGAAGAGGGCCCCGACAUCGACGAACUCAUCACCACACAUCAGCUCAUCUACCAGAUUUACCUCGCGUCACCUACUGUUCUGCUUAACACUGUGCCCCUUCUCGAACAAGAACUCGUGGUUGAGAACACCGAUAUCCGCCUUCUUGCUGUCAACACCCUUGGUCGCAUGGCCGGCGCGAACACUGCCUCUGGGCAGGGCCUGCCGAGGGAAUAUCCGAAUGCAUGGAAAGCAUGGUUGGGCCGUGAGAACGACAAGUCUGCUCAGAUUCGACAAGCAUGGACGGAGUUGACGCCGGCGAUUAUAGCGAACCGCACUCAGGAUGUGAGCAGACAAGUCCUCGAAUUACUGAAAAAGAAACGUGUGGAUAUGGACGAGAAGGUUCGUGUUGCGGCAUGUCAUGUCAUCGGUGAACUGGAUUGGAAGACGCUUUCUACGCGUGUUGCUAGCAAAGCACUGAUAGCCGACCUCAACGAGCGAGUCCGUGACAGGAAGCUUUCCGUCCGUACCGAGACUAUGCGUGUUUUGGGUAAGCUGUGGGCGAUGGGUUACCCCGAAGUUGAACAACGCAGUACUCUGGGCAUCGAAUUAGUCGGAUGGGUUCCGCAAGCGAUGUUUGCCACUGUCUUUCUGAAUGAUGUCGAACUGAACGUGGUGUUGGACCAAGUCAUUCACUCUGACCUUCUCCCUGCGUCAUCGGGAGAUGACAAAGAGAUUGAGGCGAGAGUGAAGAGGAUGUUGUGGUUACUCGCCAACUUGGACGAUAAAGGCCGUACGGCGUUCUGGUUUAUGGUAUUGGGCAAGCAAGGUCAGAUGAGCAAGUUCCUGGGUGCUUUCAUUGAUUUGUCGGAGAAGUGGAACGGAGGGGUCAACCCUACCGAUGAGUCUAAGGUCCUCGAGACCAAUCUCAAAAAGGUUGCAGCUGUUAUCGCUAAGGACUUUGCUGUUGAGGCUGAGAGGGAGAAGGUUGAGGCGGACCUUAUCCGGUUCGCACGGUUCAACGAUCGUCGUGGGUAUAAGAGUUUGAGAACAUGCAUGGAUCCCCAGUCUGACUUCAAAGCGGUUCGUUCCGCAUACAAGUCCGUUCUGGCACGGUUGAAGGAGAGCUUGGCGAGUAUCCUUGACACGAUGAAGAUGGUGAUUACGCGUGCAUCUUUGCUUGUGGUAAACAAAUCCAUCAUCCCAUCCUUGGUUGACUUUACUAGAGUGGACAGCAGUGGCUUGGGUCACGUUGCACAUGCGGUACUGAAACAGAUCUCGACUGCUCAGCCAGCUAUCUACAAAGCGAAUGUCCAAAGCUUAGUCGCAUUGAUUGAGGAGGCUGCUACCACCGUCGAGCGUAUGGAACGCGAUGAGCGCGCAACGGAGGAUACACUCAAGGCGUUCAAGCAGUUCGCCCGUCAGUACCCUGCAGAGAUUCCGAAAGGCCGUGGGUUGACGGAUUCGCUGAGAGCUUUCUGUGUCAAGGGAACCAGCAGGCAGGCGAAGCAUGCCACCAGCAUCUUGCUGUGUACGGAGCGUAGAGAGAUGCAUGCACAAUGGCUUUUGGACGAGAUUGUCGGUAAGCUGGAUGUCGACAUGGCUGGGUUCGUGCCUAAGUUAAGUUCGCUAUCUCAACUGAUGUUGGAGGCGUCCGAGAUUACAAAUGACAAGGCCGAUGUUGUGACAGAGUUGUUAAUCAAACAGGUGUUAUUGGUGACGAGGAAGGAGCCUUUAUCAGACGAGGAGGAUGUGGACUGGGUGGAGGAUGAGGUGCUGGAUACGGAAUGCCAAGCAAAGGUAUUGGCCGUUAAGGCUCUUGUCAACCGUGCUAGGGGAAGUGUCGAAGGAGAGCGUGAAGCAGUGCAGGAAAUGGCUAAACCGAUAUUCAAGAUGUUGGGUGCUAUCGUUGGUAAGAUGGGCGAGAUCUCGAAACAAGGAUCUACUCCGCAGAGUUACCAGUCUCGUCUUAGGCUUGUGGCUGCUCAAUCGAUGCUAAAGUUUGCGGCACUGAAGCCUUUUGAGGAGAUGAUCGCCCCGAACGACUUCAACAAGCUAGCGUUGAUCGCCCAAGACCCAUGUUUCCAGGUCAGAAACGGCUUUUUGGGGAAGUUGAUGAAGGGGCUUACGGCUGUGAAGUUGCCUGUGCGUUUCUACUCCAUUGUCUUCCUGACUGCUCACGAACCUGAGGAGGAACUGCGUGAGAAGAUUACUGGAUGGAUCAAGAGUCGGGCCGCAUUUUAUAGGCAGCAGAAGAGUGUGGAUUUCCUCUACACUUUCGUGAGGUUACUUCAUCUCCUUGCCCAUCACCCUGACUUCACUAAUGAGACGGAGGAUCUGGUUGACUUCGCCAAGUACAUCGCGUACUACCUCGACACAGUGGCCGUAUCCGACAACGUGGCACAUCUCUUCUACUUCGCUCAGAGAGUGAAGCAGACAGCAGAUGCGACGACAGAUUCGAUUAAUGAAAAUCUCUUUGUCAUUUCCGACCUGGCAGCCUUGAUCAUCAAGAUGAAGCAAGAGGCGCAUGGUUGGAGUAUGCAAACGUUCCCUGGCAAGCUCGGAAUGCCGCUAGACUUGUUCAAGGCGCUGCCGGACUCGAGGACGGCAGCUGAGAUCGCACGAGCUUCAUAUCUACCAGCGCGUAUGGAAGAGCAGGUAACGCAUUUAACUCGCGUGCGACAUGCGAAGAGGAAGGUCGUGAAACCUACCGUCGCCAAGACCCCCCAGUCAAAGACAUCGACUCCGAAGAAGCGGUCGUCAACUAGUAAGGAGAAGAAGCCAGCGAAGAAGAAGGCCAAGACGACGCCCACGCCACCGGCAUCUAGUGAGAGACGGAGGAGUGGUCGUCUGCCUGCUUCAACUGAUGUCCGGUACCAGGAGGAGAGUGAAAAUGAGGAUGAAGAUAUGAAGAUGUACGCUGAGGAGAACGAGGGUUCAGAGGAAGAAGAAGACGAGGAGGAGGAGGAGAGUGACGACGCGUAGAUGUUACGUUAUUACGUACAUUCGUGUGUACUGCUUUUGGAACGGUUAUGGCGUUGUUCGGGUU